AUGCCGCUAGUGCCGCAGGACGUAAGAGGAGUGAGUAUCGGUUCAAUGUCAGAAGCGCAGCGUGUGAGGGAAGAGGGUGCUGCAGCUCAAACCAGCGAUGCAGAAGCCAAGCCUGUGCAGGUGGAUCUUCUGCUACAGCUGCAGCAAAUGAUGGCAGAGCAAGCGCGCCGCCAAGAAGAGCAAGCGCGCCGCCAAGAAGAGCAAGCGCGCCGCCAAGAAGAGCAAGCGCGCUGUCAGGCAGAACAGCUGCGGGAGCUGAAAGAAGAGCAAGCGCGCCGCCAAGAAGAGCAAGCGCGCCGCCAAGAAGAGCAAGCGCGCCGCCAAGAGGAGCAAGCACGCUGUCAGGCAGAACAGCUACGGGAGCAAGCACACUGUCAGGCGGAGCAGCUACGGGAGCUGAAAGAGAUGCAUAAGGAUUUCACGAAGGGACUGCAAAAGGCUGUCGAACGGGUACAGGAAGUGGAGGAAGGGUUAGGCAAGUUGGAACAUCGCGUCAUGGCCAUAGAGGAGAGAGUGGAAGAAGAGAUCUCCAAAAUCAAGCAGGAAAUGACAAGCCCAAGCCCUUUGAAGAGCCGAAGCCGUCUUGCAGCCGUUUUUGACGCCCCAAAUGCGGCCUCAAGCGCAACGAAAGGGCUCAAGAUUCCCCAUUACGACGGAACAACAUCCUGGACCGCGUUCAAGCUACAGUUCGAGACACUUAUGGAGGCUUAUGGUUGGACUCAGAAGGAAGCACAGUCAGCCCUCACCCUGGCCCUCCGUGAUCAAGCGCUCUCAGUGCUGGAAGCUAUCGGCGCAAGUGGGGAUCUCAGCUUUAGUGCCCUCCUCGACGCACUGGAGGCACGUUUUGGAGACAGCCACCUCGAGCACGUGUACAGAGCGCAAUUAAAAGAGCGUACUCAGCGUGCUAAUGAGAGCCUACAGCAAUGGUCCGUGGAAAUCGAGAAACUUGUGCGUCGAGCUUUCCGGUCGACUCCGUCAAUGAUUGAAGGCACGCUUCUCCAAGCAUUCAUUGACGGUAUUCGGGACCCCGAAGUACGAGCUGCUGUUCAUCUGGGCCAUCACAAGAACAUGAAAGAAGCUCUGGCCCAUGCAUUGGAAGUGGAAGCCGUGCGUGGCAACCCCCGUACCUUAGGUCUGCGGGAAAUGACGACAACGGAGCAGGUACCUCCACGCCGUCGGAACUUCGUGUGCUAUGGAUGCGGAGAGCGUGGGCACAUACGGAGCGACUGCCCGAAGAAGAUGAACCGCCAGGACGCGGCGGUCUCAACUUCUGACCAGCAGGGAAACUUAAAUCCAGCCAAGGCUGCGGGGUGGGCGCUGGCUGGAAGUGGAACAACCCCAACAAUCUACAUCAAGCAAACCAACGAUGGAAAUACACUGGUGAUAGACGGUCAAGUCCACCAAGAUGAUAAGAUGCCUCCCCUAAUUUGUGAGUUGUGCGUUGAUAAGGUGAAUGACUUCUACGAGUUUCUGGAGAUGUGUCGGCAGACUAACAAACGGACGAGGUUGAGGCUCGGUCUACCACCGCAGUCUAUGCCUAGAGGCGCUCCGGAUGCUGGUGAAUGUAUCCUGGGUCUGACGGAGCCGGUCUACGUCAAUGAUGAUUCAGAUGGAGAGCCGUUGUCCAAACAGAAGAAACAGCCCAAAGUGAAAGGCAAACGGGAACCCGAGCUAAAAGUCAAGCUGGAGCAGCAUCCAUUAACAGACCGCAAAGCCCGUUACACUCGACGCUCUCCCACACCGCCCCGAGUCACAAGACAGCGCCAGAACUCCAAGGAAGACAGCGGAUCCUUAAAUCGAGGCAAGGACACGAAAACGAAAUCUCCAAAAGUGACGCCUAAAUCUAUUCUAAAGAGAGAAUCUCAGUUGGGAGUUGUCAUGCUCACUCAGGAGUCUCAUUGGCGGUGGCACGGGCACUGGACCGCUCGGUUCCCUAUAAUAUGGUUGAGUUGGGCGGUGCUGGUGUACGUGUCAUUUAUAAGUGACAGAAAAAGAAAGAGCGACGAAAAAGGCGACUCCGUGCUGCCAGAUGAGACCCAACCCUUAAGAGUACGUAGUCAGCCUUUUGGGGAUAAGGAUUUCGGAGUAGGGAUUGGGAGAAGUAAGAAUUCGGCCCCUAGUAACCUCACUCACAAGGCGAAACACAACGCUGUGGUUGAUUCACGCCGGUUUUCUGAGGAGGACUCGCUAUUGACUCCUCGUCUGAAGAGGUCCAGGGACAGGGAACCGGUGAAAUUGGAAACGCCAGUGAAAAAAGUCAAAAUCGCCAUAAAACCGGCGUCUCCUCCCAAGAUUAUACCGAAAUCAUCACCAAAGUUGCCGAAAUCGGCCAAGUCUAGCAGCAAAACGGUACCGAAACGGUCGGUAUCGCCUCCCAGAUUGUACAAGUGCACCGUCUGUGGGCAAAACAGUAAAUCUCCACAAGCGAAUAGCAAUCACCAGAGAUCCCAUACCGUCGGAUUCACCAAUCCCAAGCUCUGGGCCGAGGUCGCGGUGCCUCAUUGCGCUUACCCCGCAACCUCGGCUGAACAUCAGCCCUAUAGGUCCCCGUCUGUGGUGGUCUAUUGGCUCUUUGAGGCGCGCGCGGAACGCUACGCGCCGUACGCUCGGGCCUGGUUCUGAUUAGCGUGCAACCCAUGCGGCGAGUGGUUCCGUUCGCCGGAAGACGCGGCGGCGCAUCAUCGGCGUCAUAAAACCAAAUGCAUUCCCUAUACAUGCAUCCGAUGCACCGCCAACUUUAGGCAGCUUGCCACUUACGACGAGCACUUCAGCAACAAUCAAUGCAUUCCGUUUCCUGAGAUGCCGGACGUUAAGUGUGAGGUUUGCUGGCAUAUGUUCGCUACAAAUAAGCUGUUAAGAGAUCAUCGCUGUCUUGGAGAGGAAAACAGACCGGGCGGUAAAUGUCCGAAAUGCAAUAGAAAUUACGCGUUGCUGAGAAACUUGAAGAAACAUGAACCGAAUUGUACGGCGAAGAAGAAAGGUGAAAUAAACGUGGAUCCGGAAUUAUUGAAGACGUUGAAGCCGCUUCAAGUUCGCGUGUCUCGCUGUGAUCCUUUACUGAAGAACGUGAAACAGGAGCAUUACGAUGUGUCCAACGUUCGUUAUGAUUACGGCCUUGACAAGAACUGUUACUACCCAUACAUACUAGGCGUCCGUAUCAAGCGAGAACCCUACUUUGACCAUAUGGUUGAUAUCAGGGACGAUAUCAAGAACGAAUUCUACGACGCCGAAGACUACGUUCAUUGGGACUCCGAGAGCGAAAGCGACGCAGAAUCCUGCUCUCUCAUCUCCGAAAAAGAAAAGAAAAUAGACUCCCUAGCGAAACUAAGUCUAAAAACUCUAUUCUCCAGAAAAUGUCUCGGUAAAGUGCCGAAAAAGAGAAGAAGAGUCAAACCGGAGAAGAAUUUGUUUGACUCCCUUCUAACGGAAGAAGAUGACGUUUCUAACGAUAUUAAUAACAUAAUUAAUAAUUUACGAGAUGAUAAUGAUAACGAUAAUGAUAAUGGCGGAGAUAGAAAUAAAGACAAUGAAUUUAACGAUAGUGUUAAAGUUAAUAAUGAUGACCAAAAUAACGGAGAUAAGUUUAGUGAAGUGGUUAAUAGUAACGACGGUGUCGAUAAUAACGAUAGUUUAGCUGUAAGUAACGAUGGAAGUGAGAUAAGUGGUGAGUGCAAUGUUACAAGUUCAAAUAAUUUAAUUAGUGUCAAAGAUAACGAUGGGAGGAGUAUAGAUAAUGUUAAUAACGGUACUAUUAAUGAUUUAAGUUUUAACGAUAACGGAGUUAUAGGUAAUGAUGUUAAGAAUAACGAUUCGAAUACAAAUAGUAAUGUAGAUAAUUGUAAUAAUAAGGAAAUUAAUGAAAGUGAAAAGAAUGAUGUUUCUAACGAUAAUAGUUCUUUUUCUAAUGAUGAUAGAGUUGAAAAUUGUAAGUCGAUUAAUCAUGAAAAUGCUAAAAAGGAUGGUAUUGAUGAGAAUAGUCAGGAAUCUAGUUCAAUAGGUACUGCUAGCGAAAGUUUAUUAAAUGAUUAUACUCAAAGCGAUGGAGCUAGUGAAUGUGAGAAAGAAAAUGCCGACAUCGAUAAAAAUAAUGUCGAUAAUCCCACAACACUAUCAGAAAAUAACGAUGAAAAUAAAUCGCUAACUGAUAACUCCAGUGUAGAUCCGAAACUAACGGAAAACGAAACGAAUUCGUCACAAGAUACAACAGAAAAUCAAUGCAAAGAUGAUUUUAACGAGAAUAAUCGUUAUGUUAGUAAUAACGAUGUGAAAAAUACCGUUAGUGUCAUAGUCAGUAACGAUAGAGUGAAGAAUUCUGAGACAGACGACGAUGAUAAGCUAAUGGCAGCGUUAGAUGCUGAAAUUGGUGAAAAUAACGAAAAUUCCCGUGAAAAUAAAGAUAGCUAUAACGAUAAUAUAGCUCUUGAUGAUAUUUUACAAGCUAAAACAGCUAAUAUGGAUUUGAUUUCCGAGGAAUAUAAUUUUGAUGCUUAA